GAUGAAAAUGCCAGCUACGACGUAAAUGGCCAUGACCCUGACCCUCAGCCUCGCUAUGAUUUCACCAACGAAAACAGGCAUGGGACCAGAUGUGCAGGAGAAGUGGCAGCACAGGCAGACAAUCAUGUCUGCAGCGUUGGCGUGGCUUUCAAUGCCAGGAUUGGAGGUGUACGAAUGUUGGAUGGGGAUGUCACAGAUUCCGUGGAGGCCCAGUCUCUUGGGUUGAAUCCACAACAUAUACAUAUAUACAGUGCUAGCUGGGGACCAGAUGAUGAUGGCAGGACGGUAGAUGGGCCAGCUACUCUAGCCAGAAAAGCUUUCUAUGAUGGCAUCACAAAGGGCCGAGGGAGUUUAGGCUCAAUUUUUGUAUGGGCCAGUGGCAAUGGUGGGAGAGACUCUGACAACUGCAACUGUGAUGGAUACACAAACAGCAUAUACACACUGUCCAUUAGCAGUGCAACAGAGAAUGGCAACAUUCCUUGGUACUCUGAGGCCUGCUCCUCAACCUUAGCCACCACCUACAGCAGUGGCUCGGGUGGGGAGAAACAGAUCGUGACUACAGACUUACGCCAGAGCUGUACAGAAACACACACAGGAACCUCAGCUAGCGCCCCCUUGGCUGCAGGAAUUAUAGCAUUAGCUCUGGAAGCAAA